AUGCUGACUCGCGCGGACAAAACAAACGACAACGUCACCACCACAGUACCAACAGCAUCUUUAUUGCCCGGUCUGCGCCUUACAAUGUCGUCCUCGCAACAUCUCUCAUCAUCACGGACCAGCACUUCACGGACAUCGGCAUCCGCAACCAGCAAACGAGCGUCGUCGUCCCUGCCCAAGGCGCCCGCAACCAUCCACCCGUCAGCCAUCAUCGCCAACCAUGCCGUGUUGACGGGCCACCACGCCAUCACCAUCGCCGCCGGCGCCAUCAUUCACCCGAAUGCCAAAAUCACGUCGUUGCACGGCCCCGUGGUGAUUGGAGAGGGAUGUAUAGUGUACGAGAAAGCCACCGUCGGGAUCCCAGAACUGGAAGGCGGCCAGGGAAGGGGUGUAGUGCUGGACAAGAACGUGGUUGUUGAGGCUAGCGCGGUGGUGCAGGCCGCUCUGGUGGGUGAGGGGACGAUUAUAGGAACGGAUGCAAAGGUGGGCUUGGGGAGCGCUGUGGGAAUGUUUUGCCAACUCGCCCCACGCACGGAGCUGCCGCCGCAUUCUGAGCUUCCCGACUAUAUGGUUGUGUACGGAUCGAACCAGCGUCGGCUGAACCACUCGCUGCAGACACGCCCGGCGGUGAUGGAGCUCGCCAAGCGCGCACACGAGAAAAAACUCCACGCGCUGGUGCGGCUUCUGCCGAACAACGCGGCGAAGUGGCACUAG